AUGUAUGUGGUGUUUUGGUUGAUGGCGGGAAAUGGAUUUGUUUAUUUGCCAACGGAGGUGAAUAAGGUUGUCGAGCCGUACGUGGAUGCCGGGAAUUUGCUCAUCAUCGAUAACGAUCCAGUAUAUGUAUGUAUGUAUGUAUGUAUGUAUGUAUGUAUGUAUGUAUGUAUGUAUGUAUGUAUAAUGUAUGUAUGCAUGUAUAUAGGUAAUGUAUGCAAGUAUGUAUGUAUGAAUGUAUGUAUGUAUGUAUGUAUGUAUGUAUGUAUGUGUGUGUGUAUGUAUGUAUGA